AUCGUGUUUCAUUUCGUUUAAGUUUUGCUGCCUUAUUCUGUGAUAUAGGCUAUUCUGGACAUGUUUUAAUUAAUCUUGUUUGGGUUACUAUUCCCAGUUUUUUGUGUGGAUACUUGGCUUGGGCAAUCGUAUUUUUUGCUCUUGCUUCUAUAUUUUUUAUCGAUUGUAUAGCUUUGAACCUUCAUAUAGUAUUCGUAAAUGAAUAUAAAAGACAUAAUUUUGAAAAUUAUUAUUUUAUAAUUGCAUUUUCUUUUGCUCUUUUACUCUCUCUCCUUCCUGUUGCCGAUAAUAUGUAUGGUCAUAAUGAUGUUGUUGGUGGUUGUUGGUAUCGUUUUCCUGGUCAAAAAAAGAAUAUAAUAUGGGAAUGGAUUACUUUUUUCGGUUGGGUGGAUGUAUCUAUAUUGUAUUGUGUGAUCGUUAUUAUUAUGGUCGUUAGAAAACUCAAAUUAUUGGCAAAACAAACCGAUGUUUUUGACUUUUCUUCGGAUUCUCGGUUACCUAGUCAUCCCUCUUUAAUUAAUAAGGCUGUGAUUUUAUCAGUUGUCAGAAAAGUCGUGCUGUAUCCUGUGGUGCCGGUAGCUCAAAUUUUUUGCUCUUUCAAUGAAACUUGCUUUUAUGUUAGUCAUGCGUCCCCUUAUCCAAUAAUGAUAGGAUUUCUGAAUGCUUUAGUAUUUUCACAAGAUAUUGCAGUUGCUCUUUUACAACCUUCUUUCUUAGAAUGGUUAAGAUACAUGCUAUUAAUUAAACUUUUCUCUCCUCCAAAAAGUUCGAUUAAUACUUUUGUUGACAAUGAGUCUAAUACCUCUACUGUUCUGGUUGGAAAGGACGAUUCAAAGCAGGAUAUAAUUCUUGAUAAUCAAAAUGAUGAUCAAGAUAUUCAUUUAACUCUUUUUAGACCUGUUCAUUUAAGAGAAUCUUUUAAAUAUUCUUCAUCAUCUCAUUCAUCUCGUUACUUAAGUCCAUCAAUUUCAUCUGAUCCCUUAAUAGGUAGUUCUCAAACUAAUCAGACUAAUAUAAAUAAUAUGAAUAAGACAAAUGUAGUAGAUAUAUUAAACUGUGCGGUUGACGGUGAUGAAGGACGUAAAGAAGUUGAAAUAAUGUUAAAAAGACUUUAA